AUGGAGGAGGCCGAGCGGAUAACAAACGAUGGACCCCCGACGGCCGACCAUCUUUGUGUGCUCAUUCAUGGGCUCUGGGGCAACCCAAUUCAUCUAUCCUACCUCGCAUCUUCUCUCCGCGACAAACACUCGGAGGAGAAGCUGCAUAUACUGGUAUCGAAGACAAAUUCAAACACCUUCACCUACGAUGGAAUCGAUUUGGGAGCCGAGCGGGUAACACAGGAAAUCGAGACUUAUAUCCAAGGCUUGGAGAAGAACGGCAGCGAAAUCAAGAAACUCAGUAUUGUUGGCUAUUCGCUAGGUGGACUAGUUGCGAGAUAUACCAUCGGACUGCUCUACUCAAAAGGCUGGUUCGAUAGAAUCAAGCCUGUCAACUUUACUACUUUCGCCACGCCUCAUCUCGGGGUGAAAACGCCGCUGCUCGGGGUCCAACACACAGUUUUCAAUUUUCUAGGAUCCCGGACACUGUCAACAUCCGGCCGCCAAUUAUUCACAAUUGACACCUUCCGUGACACAAACCGCCCCAUCCUCUCUGUUCUUGCAGACCCUCGGAGCAUCUUCAUGCUUGCGCUUGCACAAUUCAGCCACCGCGUUCUCUACGCGAAUAUAAUCAACGACCGGUCUGCGCCCUAUUAUACCACGAGUAUCUCCGCUACAGACCCUUACACCAACCUUGACGCAGUCUCUAUCAAUUAUCUACCCGACUAUGCCCCAAAUAUCAUCGACCCCGUCGAUCCCGUUCACUUAAAACCUCCGGAGAUUCAGCCACCAUUUUUCGCUCGCAUUGCAAGCAGCAGCCAGAGUCUCCUCACAAGUGUCCCAGUCUUCGCGCUUCUCUCUGUUAUGAUACCCGUUGGCUCUGUCGUUUUCCUAAUCAAUUCAGGUAUACAACAAAUUCGAAGCCAAAAGCGCAUUCGGCUGCAUGAGGAAGGCAAAGCUGGUAUAGGCCUAGGAAGCUACAGGAUCCCCCUUUUGGUUGAAAAUGCGAGAAGUGCAAUGGAAGGCGCCUUCGAGAACAUGAAUGCCAGACAGGGCCAGCAAUACCUCCCAGGAACAGCAUCCGAUGAGAACCUUGAAGCCGAACUUUCCGAUAAACCGCAGCGAAAUGGGCAUGCAGAGAAGAAUUACCAAGCUGCGUCUCAAACAUCAUUGGACCUCGAACGCAUUUCGUCACGUCGAAGUGAGUUUCCGACCUUAGCCUUGACACCGCAACAGUUUGAAAUGGUCCGCGCAUUAGACCAGGUGGGCUUUCGAAAAUAUCGUGUACAUAUUCACGCAGUCCGGCACACCCAUGCAGCGAUCAUUGUGCGAAACCAGAAGCCUUCGUUGGAUGAAGGCAAGAUUGUGGUUCGCCAUUGGCUCGAUGAGGAGUUCGAGAUUUGA